UUAUUUUCUGAUUUGAUAUAUGCUCAUUUAUAUCGUGAUAUCUAAAGGCGACGCUUCGUGUCCGUUCAGUGAGCUACAGCAAACCAGGCGUUGUGUUUAUUCUGGUGCGGCGGGGAUGUAUUGUACUCGUAUUUAUAUAGGCUGCGUCAUUAUGCGCUGGUUCAUUUACCUCUAAGUGCAUAUUAAUCUAAAAGCAUUUCUUCCUUCCUUGUUAUUAAGGUGGCGCGUUCAUCGCAUCCCAUCAUCACAUUAAAAUGAGUCGUGAUGACGCGCGAGCUGUUUGUAAAAUAAUUAAUUAUUCAUGUCAGCUGAAGGACGGCAGGGUUUGCACUUCUGGAAAACAUCCGGUUACUUAGUUAAUGUUUUCAAAUCCUCCCUCAAAAUCUGAACAUCUACUCGGUUGUGAAAUUAUCUCUGGUUAAUUAAUGGUUACCACACCAGGGAGUAAUGGUAGAAAUACAAAAUAAACCUCAUUCACACCUUGUUAUGAGUCUGACAGGUCAGAUAUCACAUUGUGCUCCAGCCAGUGAGUUUGAGUCUCUUGCUUAAGGUGUUCAGAGGUGGAAUAAGUAUACUAAUUGUUGAGGUACUUUCCUUUGUAGUUUCCUUUUGAAGCUACUUUAUACUUCUACUAUUCUACAACAUUAUUUUCUUCGCUUUAACUGACAGGUUGUAACUUUACAGUAUUGAUUUAACCAAGUAUCCAUCAUAUUCUGCAAUGUACAAAAUUAGACACAAAAAAAAAACAAGCUGCAAUUGAUUUAUAACAAUAAGCAUUCUGCUGAGUUUUGUUUGCUCAAAAUUUGGCAAAAUGUAAAAGAAAACAAAGUGUUACCACUGACCCCCCGUUCCUCACUACAUCUGCUAUCCAUGAGCUAUUUCAUCCACUCCGCUUUCUCCACAGGAAAUCUGCAAAAAAUGGAGAGAGGACAUUUUGGCUACUCCCAAGACUAUCUUGAUCGCUUUAUCCAAAGCCAAGACUCGUCUGUUGUGAACAAGUUCCAGCAGAAGUACUGGAAGACAAAACAGACGCUCAUCAAGGUCACCGGGAAGAAAGAGGACGAACACGUGGUUGCGUCAGAUGCAGAACUGGACGGCAAGCUGGAGGUUUUUCACUCCAUCCAGAGAACAUGCAUGGAGCUGCUAAAGGUCAUUGAGCAGUACCAGAGGAGGAUAUGCUUCCUUUCCCAAGAGGAGAACGAGCUGGGACGCUUCCUGCGCUCCCAGGGCUCGCAGGAUAAAACCAGAGCUGGAAAGAUCAUGCAGGCCACGGGGAAGGCUCUCUGCUUCUCUUCCCAACAGAGAUUGGCCCUGAGAAACCCUCUGUGCCGCUUGUACCAGGAGGUGGAAACGUUUCGCUAUCGAGCGAUCUCAGACACGUGGCUGACGGUGAACCGGAUGGAGCAGUCCAGGACUGAAUACCGCGGAGCGCUGCUUUGGAUGAAGGACGUUUCACAGGAGCUGGAUCCGGAUACUAGUAAACAGAUGGAGAAAUUUCGCAAGGUUCAGGCCCAGGUGCGCACUACAAAAACAAGCUUUGACAAAUUGAAGACCGAUGUCUGCCAGAAAGUGGACCUGCUGGGAGCCAGUCGCUGCAACCUCCUGUCUCACGUCUUAACCACAUAUCAGACGACACUUUUGCACUUCUGGGAGAAGACAUCCCACACUAUGGCAGCCAUUCAUGAAAGCUUCAAGGGCUGUCAGCAUUAUGAGUUCUCCACUCUUAAGACCUUACAAGGCCCCAUGGACAAGAUCGCUAAGAAAAAAGGGAAGAAGAGAAUUAAAGCAGAGGCUGAAGAUGGAAAGAAAGCAGAGCCCACAGACGACCAACUCGUCUCAUUAGAGAAUGAAACCGGCGAUAAGACCAGGGAAGGGCAUGGAGAUAGUCUCUCUGCCUACUUAGAGUUCGAGGGAGAGGAGAAGGACAGCAUGGCGUUGCUGAAUGAGAUCCUGGGCAGUACGUCUGUGGACGAGGGCGACUUCUCCAGAGAGUGGACCGAAGUGUUUGGAGACAUGGAGGAGGGAUCAGCAUCAGGCCGAGCAGCCGAGGCUCAGCAGAAGGAAAACUCCUUCUUUCUACCUUCUCAUUUAUUGGACCAGAGCUUGAAUAAUCUGCAGUCUUCCCUCUCAGAUCGGGCCGGGAUCAUUCCACAGCCCGUCGCCCAGGCAACGCAGCACUCAUCUGGAGCCAAUCAGGACUCUUCUAAGGCAGCAGUGAAAGACAAAGCAGGGACGUCAGCAGACCUCUCAGCGUGGUUCAACCUGUUCGCCGACUUGGACCCGCUCUCAAAUCCAGAUGCUGUUGGCAAAACUGACCUGGAGCACGAACUUCACAACGCGUAGUUAUACGACCAACACAUGGUGAUCUGAAAUGGGUUCCUUUGUUGGUUGGUACAGCAGAAUAUCACUUUCACACAACCAGUGAAAAAUCUGUCGAAACACACACACACAAAAUGGUCUUCUCUUGAGGCAUCAAGUAGACAUUCUGCCAAUCAUGAAGUCAAUUAACUCACCUCAAACUCAUACCCAAAUAUUUGUGGCGAUUUACGAAAUAUAGAAGCAAACUUAAUAUCUUUGGGUUUGGACAGUUGGCUAGAACACAAUAUAACAACCAGUGGAAUGGGUAUUUUCACUAAAUCCAAAAAGUUAAAUCUUAGAAUUAAAAAUAAAUCACUACCUUUUUGUUAAACCACACACUAAUGGUCCCUUAUUAUAAUGAUUGCUUCUUUAUAAAAACAUAAAGGCAGGUACAAGCUUUCACAAAAUGCCAUAUCAUUACAGUAUCUUAUUAUAACGACAUGUAUUUUGUUAUAACGGGAGACAUGUCAUAACAAGUCAUUGAUCAGAUUGUUUCUCUUGGUGGCAGUAUUCUGCAAAGUGUUCAACUAACAACUAGCAGCUGUAGUUCUUCCCAUUGUGAAGAAAAGAAAGAUUUACAAGCUGACCUUUUAGGCCGUUUGCCUCUUCUGCUUUGGUUCAAAAUAAAGGUUUAUCAUCGAUACCUCAGUAUGAGAUCUGAAACAAGAAGCCUUCUACAUUUGCUGCCUUGACAUCUGUAGUCUCUAGUAUCAUUCUCCACAAGUCCAGGUGUUAACGAAAUGCUGCAACAUAGUGAGAAAAGUUAGUGCAGUCAAGAAGAAAUAUUCAAAAAUAAACUGAUACAUCAUUUAUUCUGCCAGCCAUCAUCCUCCACUGAGAAUUAUUUGCAACUAUUUCACGAAGCACUUAAACAGGUGGACUAAGAGCCAAUGUUUCCUAGAGAUGUAUUAUUUUUGAAAUGUGUUUGCUACAUACUGUCUUUGUUAAGCUUUGUUGAAGAUAUUGCAGAAUAUAUAAACAUAUCAUUCAUGUUUUAGUGCAUGUUGCAUGUUUUAUGUUCUUCAGUAAGUGUCAUUGAAUGGAUAAUGCGUGUUAUUGUGAGACUUUUCAUCCAUUUAUUUAACUCACUUGCUUCGCUCGCAUUAAAAAAAAGAGGCAAUUUUCAGUGGAUCAUUUUCAGAGCCAACGUAGACAGCAAGUUGGAUAAUCAUGAAAAUACAAUCAAGUUGUUCUGAUUCACAUUACAAUGCUGCAUACAUUAUAUGUCAGGUUAAGAGUCUUAAUCUGAUAACAAAUAAACAAUAUAGAACCUCAUCAUUAUUAUAAUUGGAUUCCUUAGGUAUAUUAUAUUUAUUUUGGGUGCAACUAUGAUGUUAUAAGCCAUGUGACAUGUGUUAAUAUUGAAUAUAAACCAAAUACAUUGAUUGCCUUACCUUGACUCCUACUUGUACUUAAAUGCCAUGCUUCGAAAUACUGAUUCUAAUUGUUGAUGUGUCUGUCUGUCUAAGGCCUUCAAAAAGAUGACAUAUCAAUGCAAAAAGAGACUUUUUUUUGGUUUUCUUUAUUGAAAAACACACGAUCUACAUAAAAAUGCAUUGUACACAAGAGAACGGAGUCAUCGUUGCCAAACAUGGCAACCAUUUCAACUGCACUGCACAAUGAGCGUGUGAAUCAAAUCAGAAAUAGUAUGAGUGAAACUCUUCAAGCUGCAAGCAGAGGAGAGGAUUUCAACGUACUUUGUGUGGAACGUGUUGCAUUCUGUUCAAAUGUGUGUUUUGGUGAGCGAAGGGCCGACGUUUUGGAAUGAAACAUUUACAAUUGUAUCACUCCCAUUCAAGUUCACCUGGUCUAAAAUAGUCGUGCUAUUUUAAAUAGUUGAGCAUGGGCUGGUGAUAAAGCUUAAGGUAACGUAAGGGCACAUCUGGCUGGAUCCGUAUCUUGAGUCAAACUGUUACACAACAAUUGUAAGUGUAGCUUUAGUACAAACAAAAAUCAAUUGCACACUAAAGGUCUGAUUGUUUUAACUUAUAAAAUAGUCUUAAAUAAAAAAUAGUGAUUAUCAUUUCACUUCCAAGUAAGUGCUAAGGCUUCAAUGAUUAUCGCGUUUGUUUAAAACACUUUGAACCAGUGUUUAUAUGUAGCUAAAAUGUUUGUACUGUAA